GUCUCCGACACUGUCGCGUGAUGUCGGUCGUCGUGAAGUUACGCGCAUCCCUCUAGCCUGAGUGCUCGUCCGGCAAUUCGCGGAUUCGCCCGGCGAAAAAACGCAGACAUCGCGUGAUGUAGCGUGAUUUCGCGACGAGCCUCGAGAGCAUUUUCUCUGCUGUCGUCGUACUUCGAGCUCGAUAUCGUCGACUGACUGCCGUGCGCCUGUAUAUUAUACAUUCAUCAGAUUUGCCCGUCAUCGAUGAUAAUGCGCAGGUAGAGCUCGGUUGAUACCUCUUAAAUGAUACGUCUUCGCGAAUAUUUUGUACUUGGCGUACGAAUUUUUUCCGCUGACAGACUCUGUGUGGCCGUUGUGUCGACGUGAGGCGGAACAUGUGUCGUUGAACGUGAUAAUUUCCUCGUGCCAAGUCAAUUUUAUCAGUAUUUUUUUUCCCGCUGGCCAUAAGAAUUCGUCUUCUCAUUCGUUUCUCAGAGUCAUUGUUUGUUUAAACAUUCAUGCAACGUACGCGUGCCAGCUGUUUGUGACACUACCAGGUUACGCGCCGUACUGAUUGAGUUGAACUAAGCUGGCUUGUCAGAGGAGAAAUAUUUUUCAGUAUUUUAAUCUGUGAUAAUUGCAAUACAUAUCCUGGGGUAAUAUAUCAUGCUAUUAUCGGCAGUGUUAUGAUAAACUAAACCACAACAGUCUCUCUCACAUGACACACACCAGUCACAUGAAGUCAAAUCAACGUGGUUCUUCUCAUGCUAACAGUUACUGAACAAGAAUAAUCACUGUAAAAUAAUCACAGAAGUAAUAAGUUAAACAAACAUGAGGGUCACAACGUAUCAUUUUCGUCGCUGCAUAAUAAUAGUGCUGUCCACAGCGCUGCUGUUUUGUAUUAUUCAAGUGAUAAGAACAGAGCUAGGAUUCAAUGAUCCUGACUUGUCGAAUCUGGAGAAAUUAAUGCACAUAUCACAAUUAAUCAAAGAGUCCGAGCAAUCCUAUGUCGGGGAAGGCGUCGUUGCGUGCAAAUUACCUCAGUUAAAUAUCUCUAGUCCUGAAAUAAUGAAAUUUAUACACGACGUCCCGCCUUUGUCGUGCGGACCUGAAGAUUGGGUCACGGUGGACGGUUCAAGACUUGUCAUUACCAAUAAGGCGAAAGCAAAGUAUGGACGUAUAACAUGCACCUUCAGUGAGAUUGUCAGAACUGACGAUUAUCAUACGAAGGAGUUAAAUGCUAUAGAAGCCGACGACUUCUAUACUCUGACAGAUAGCGAUUUCGCGGAUGUCAAGUGCAAAUCGAAGAGUGGAGAUGUAUGGCAGAGUGUACUUCCCGGGGUGAAGCGCGAUCCGCGCGUCAAACGGCAAUACACCUGGGACAACGUGCCGGACACAGGCCUGAAGCUGAACGUGCUCAUGUUCGGCUUCGACUCGCUGUCGCGAAACACGUUCAUCCGUAAACUGCCCAAGACCUAUCGUCUCAUAAAGCACCAGCUGGACGCCUUGGUCCUGGAAGGGUACAACAUCGUGGGAGACGGCACCCCGCAGGCGCUCAUCCCAAUCCUCACCGGCAAGAUCGAGCUCGAGUUACCGGAGACGCGGAAACGCAUGGGCGCAAAAGCGAGCUACGUCAACGUUUACCCCAUGAUAUGGAGCAAAUAUAAGGAGCACGGUUACAUAACGGGCUUCAUGGAGGACGUGCCGCAUAUCGGCACUUUCACCUAUCGCUUGAAGGGAUUCGACGAGCAACCGACGCACCACUACAUGCGCACGUAUUAUCUGGCCGCUUCCACGUACUUCAGGAAGUACAACAAGUUCUGUGUGGCCGGCAUUCCGCGUCACAAGGUAAUGAUGAAUUACAUAAAAACCAUAUUCGACGCGUACAAGCAACAGCCGAAAUUCGUGUUCGGAUUUCACGGGGAACUUUCCCACGACUCUUACAACGACAUCGGAGUAGUCGACGACGAUUUGCACUCGUGGGUGAGCGAUCUCCACGAUCACGGCCACUUGAACAACACCAUUCUGAUCUUGAUGAGCGAUCAUGGACACAGAUUUGCGGAUAUACGUAAUACCUUGCAAGGUAAGCAAGAGGAGAGGCUGCCGUUUUUCUCUUUCAUUUUCCCACCGUGGUUCAAGCAAGUGCAUCCACAAGCGUACGCGAACUUUGUGUACAACACGCAAUACUUGACAUCACCGUUUGACGUGCACAAGACACUGGAGACCAUACUCAACUUUGAUACGCCUAAAGACGGAGAUCGUCGUCAAAGAGCGAUCAGCUUGUUUGAUAAGGUGCCCCUGGACAGGACUUGCGCCGAUGCCUUCAUAGAGCCGCACUGGUGUGCCUGCCUUAGCUGGAAAGAGAUUUCGAUCGACGAUACGAACGCUGUUGCCGCCGCGAACUACUUCGUCCAGUUUCUCAACGAUUACACCGCGGACCAUCGCGACAUAUGCGCGACAUUGCAUCUGGAUGAGAUCCUGUGGGCCGCUAAACUCAUACCUACUAAAGGUUUACUGGAUUUCCGAAAAUCUGGAGAUCAGGACGGUUUCAUAGGCGACUUCAGUGCCAAGACUAAGGUGACCACGGACAUUUAUCAGCUGAAAGUGAAGACGGUGCCGGGCGGGGCGUUGUUCGAGGUCAGCAUCGUUUACGAUCUCACGAGGAACAUCUUCCGUACCAAGAUCUCGGACGUUAGCAGGAUUAAUAUGUACGGGAACCAAGCGAGGUGCGUGGAGAACUCGUUGUUUCACUUACGCAAGUAUUGCUAUUGCAAGUGAUAGAUCUAAAUAUUAUGAUACAUACACAUACAUGUAUUAUAAUUGUACAUAAUAAUCAUUCUUAUAUUAAAGGAUUAAUCAAAGGAAGCAUAAUUUUAAUUGCAUCGGAGAUAAGAGAUGUUGUUCAAUUUAAAGUGAUACUGUGAUUUUAAUGUUGCUAUUUGGCUAUGUGAAUUUGGGUGUACCGCAACGGUAGUAUUCAAAAUUUUUGUUAUAUAUAUAUAAAAGUUUUUAUUUUUAUUUCUAUUGUGCCAAUGUAUAAUAAUUCGAACGUAGUUUCUAUUUUCCAAAGAUACAUUUUUAUUAAAUAUUAUAUUAAGAAUGUUACCAUUAUUUAUUACACUAUUU